AUGGUUCGUCUCCCCGAAACGCAACGCGCCCUGGUCUUUGAUCACUUCAAUGGACCUCUGGAUAUUCAAAAAAUCCCGAUUCCUGAGCCGAAAGACGACGAAAUCCUCGUCAGGAUAUUGUACUCUGGAAUCUGUCAUUCUGAUCUUCAUGCCUGGCUCGGCGACUUGGAAUUCUUCACCGAACUUCCUCUGAUCGGCGGCCAUGAAGGAGCUGGAGAAGUUGUUCAAGUUGGAGCCAAAGUCAAAGACUGGAAAGUUGGUGAUAAGGCUGGCAUCAAGGUGAGAAUUGAAGGUAUUGCUUCGGCUUAUUUUUAAAAAAAAAGGGAGGGAACUCAAUUUCUUUUCCGGUCGGCUUUUUUUGUGGUUUAUGCAAUUAGCGUUGCGGUUUGAAGAUUCAAAAUAUCGAUUAACAUUCAAGAAAUUUUACAGUUUUAGCUGUUCAACAACCACUGUCUGAGCUGUGAAUCCUGCAAAAAUGGAAAUGAGCAACAUUGCAAAGUGACCCAAAACUAUGGGUUCAAUCGAUCCGGAACUUUCCAAGAGUAUCUCGUCAUUCGGGCGAUCGACGCCGCCAAAAUCCCAUCACACACCAAUUUGGCCCAAGCUGCUCCGAUUAUGUGCGCCGUGAGUUUAUUCAACUUUUUUUCGAGGAUUCAGAAUAUCUGUUUAAAACUGAUCGAGCAGAUCCAAAUUUGCAGGGAGUCACCGUCUACAAGGCCCUGAAGCAAUCGGAAGUCAAGCCAGGCCAAACUGUAGUUCUGACGGGAGCUGGAGGAGGUCUCGGCUCCCUGGGAAUCCAAUUCGCCAAGGCGAUGGGCAUGAGGGUCGUGGCCAUCGACAACAAAAUCAAAAAGGACCAUUGUUUGGAGUUGGGAGCCGAGUGGUUUGUAGACGGAUUCGACACGAAAAAUGUGAUCAAAACCGUUAUUGAGGUUAUUUUUUUAAAAUGACAUGAAGGUGAGAAUAAAAAUUCAGUUGACCGACGGAGGUGCUCACGGUGUGGUCAACUUGGCCGCAGCUAAACAGCCGAUGGAGCAAACUUUUGAAUAUGUUCGUGAGAACGGAACUAUUGUCUUUGUUGGUCUUCCGAAGGACUCAAGGGUAAGAUAUUUCUGGCAACUGUAACUCACUAGUUUCGGGAGCGGUUUUGGAGAAAUUCUUUUUUGAAUGGCACAACUUUCAAGUUUAAAAAUAUAUGACUCAUUAACGUCAUCCCAUUUUCUUUGCAACUCGUUCUAUUGAAUUGGGCUAAAUUCCUUAAAGAAUAGUGUUUUUCCCUGAAUUUUCUUCAUUUUCCCAGAUCACCUUGGACACGUCGCCGUUCAUCUUCCGAGGCCUGACCCUGAAAGGAAGCAUCGUCGGAAACCGAGCCGACGUCGACGAGGCGAUGGACUUCGUGGCACGAGGCAUCGUCAAGGUGCCCCUCGAGAAAGUGAAGUUGGAAGAAGUCGCCGAGGUCUACCAAAGGAUGCUCGACGGCAAGAUCAACAGCCGAUGCGUCGUCGAUUUGUCUUUCUGA